AUGUUCCCUGUUCGCCUCAGAGCAGAUUUACAUGUAGAGGGAGCCAGGGAGGAAUACACAGCUCUGACACAGAUAGGUGAGUAAAGUUGAGUGGGGCAGGGCUCAGGUUUAACUGUUAAACGUGUCUGUAAAUGGCACACUGUGCUGUAUGAUUUAACUUGUUUUCCUUGUUUGAAGUUGGGAGAAUUUAGUAGAUUACUUGUUUUUUGACUACUCAUUCACAGACCAUGCAGGUAAGUUUACAAUAGUUGCUUGACAGAAGGACAAAGUUCACUUUCUAGGAGCAUUGGUCUAACUGGUUAUAAUCGUAUGUAUUAUAGUGACUCUUUAACGCCAAAGGACUGCUUUGAGUUCCGUAUAGUGAAGUGGUAAGGGCUUUACAUCGAUCUGGAACAAUAGCUAUAGAUCACUGCUAUCUGUUCCACUCGUAAAAUAGUUUGUUUCACUUGUGAAUACAGUGUUGCCAGGAGUGUCAUGUUAUGCUGCUAUCCACAUAGUUCAUAUUUUAUUCCUGUAAAACCGCGUUUGUUUCAAUUUCACAAGAAAUCUAUCCCUCAUCCUGAGAGAAGAAUAGACUCUUUCACAGGUAUGGCAUUGUCAACUACACUACAGGAAACACUACCACACCUAACAGACAGAAAAGUUAACCUUACACUUAACUAAACUCACUCCUAGCUAUCACAUACAUAUUUUCCUCCUUUACUUUUUCUAAAUGGCUUAAGCUGAAUAACAACCUCUCUUUUUGUUUUUGUCAGAUUCCUGUUGUCACAGAAACAUUCCUGUGGAGACAGAUGAGUCUAUGACAUCAUCAACCCUGGACCUAGUGUGGCCAUCGGGCUGUGGGCCAAAGGAAGAGGGCUGGUUUGCCCCUGAGGUGACCGUCAAUGACGUAUGCCAGGUGGACGACCCCAAGGACCCCUGGAGAAGCCCAGUGGAGGACCCUCUGGGUCAGCCUCCACCACCUGCCCAGAGCCCCCUCCCUGCCUGGGCCACAUCAGCAAGACGUGUCCCCCCACACCCCUGA